AUGAAACAUCUGGAUGAAAUUCGCUUAAUCCUUAACAAUAACGCCCUUGACAUUCUUGCAAUUAAUGAGUCAAAAAUUGAUAAUCAGAUUUCAAAUAAUGAGAUACAUAUUGAUGGUUUUAAUAUAAUUCGUAAAGAUCGAAAUAGGUUUGGUGGUGGUGUGGUUCUAUAUGUUCGCCAAAACAUAUCAUUCUCAGAUAGAAUAGAUCUAAUCCCUGAUGAACUUGAGAUGGUCUGCAUUGAAUUAAGUUUACCCUACAAUAAAUCACUGCUAAUAAGCACGUGGUAUAGACCACCAAAUUCUCUUAUGAAUAUAUUUGAUUACUGGGCAAGCUUUUUAGCAAAAUGUGAUAAUGAAGAUAAGGAGCUAAUCCUCAUAGGAGAUCUAAAUUGUGAUGUCAGUAAAACUAUACCUGACCCUCACACAUGUAAGUUGCAAUUUUUAUGUUCUCUGUAUCAGAUAGACCAACUUAUUAAAGAAUCUACAAGGCUAACUCCUAAAUCAGCUACACUAAUUGAUUUAAUAUUAACAAAUAGACCAGAACAUAUUUCCAGAUCAGGUGUCAUUCACCUGGGAAUUUCAGAUCACAGCCUUGUCUACGCUGUGAGAAAAUUUACACUACCGAAUGGAAGGCAAAAAAUUCGUCAGGUUCAUAACUUUAAAAACUUUGUCGAAAAUGAUUUCAUUCGGGAUGUGUCUCAAUUGCCUUGGGAGAUGGUCUAUCAGUUUGGAGAUCCCAAUUUAUGUUGGCAAGUCUGGAAAUCACUAUUAUUAGAUGCACUUAAUAGACAUGCCCCUCUGCGCCACACGCGAAUAAGGAAUAACCCUGUCCCAUGGAUUAAUCCUCAAAUUAAAGAACUUAUGAGAAAAAGGGACUAUCACAAAAAAAAGGCCAUAAAAUAUGAUUCGGAGUCACAGUGGGAAUUGUAUAAAACACUACGUAAUGAAGUAAAUAUAAACAUGCGGAAAACAAAAUCUAAGUACUUUUGUGAUAAAAUCCAGGCAAGCUCUCAAAUGGGAGACAGUAAAAGUGGAUGGGCUUGGAUAAAUUCGCUCUUAGGAAGAAAGCAUAAGAAUGCAAAUAUUAAUGAACUGAAAGUAAAUGAUGAUAUUAUUUCUUAUGAUAAAUCUAUUACUGAAACAUUAAAUGAAUAUUUUAUAAAUAUUGGAAUGAAGAUGGCUGCUGAAUCAGCAUGUCAAAGCACUGAUGCUUUAAAUGAUCAAGUAAUUUAUGAAAGUACUGUGCUUCUUCCUAAAGAAAAUUUUUACUUCGCAGAUAUUACUAUAGAUAGUGUUUCCAAACGCCUACAAAAACUAAAUGUCUCAAAAGCGACAGGUAUGGAUGGAAUACCUGCGAAUAUUUUAAAACUGACAUCAACCCUUAUUUCUCCAUCUGUAACUUUUAUAUUUAACCUAUCGAUUAGAACUGGUAUUUAUAUAGAUGAGUGGAAAUUAGCUAGAGUUAUACCAAUUUACAAAUCUGAGGAUAAGCGUAAAUGCGAAAAUUAUAGACCAAUUUCAAUUCUUCCCAUAAUAAGUAAAAUAUUUGAAGGGGAAGUUUUUACUCAAAUAUAUAGCUUUUUGAAUAAACAUGCGCUUCUGUCUAAAUUUCAGUCCGGGUUUAGACCAAAACAUGGAACCUUAGGUGCUCUUAUACAAAUGUGUGAUCAAUGGCUACAAGACAUGGAUGAAGGCAAAAUAAAUGGAGUUGUUUUUCUUGAUAUAUGUAAAGCAUUUGACUCGGUGAAUCACGAGAUAUUAUUGGAGAAGCUUAAACCCCGGUUUGGAAUUCACGACAUUGAGUUAAAAUGGUUCCAAUCAUACUUAAGGAAUAGAAAGCAAGUGUGUUCUGUUAAUGAUCAAACUUCUUCUGCAAGAACAAUAAUAUGCGGAAUUCCGCAAGGAUACAUACUUGGUCCAUUAUUGUUUUUGCUAUAUAUUAAUGAUAUGCCUGAUAUUUUAGAAAGGACAACCCCAUGUCUUUAUGCCGACGACACUCAGAUAUCUUCCUCUUCGCAUGAUUACGAUACAUUGAUUGACAAUUUGAAUAUGGACCUUUCCAGUAUUCAUAAAUGGCUUGCUAAAAACAAACUAAAAUAUCAUAGGAAAAAACAAAAGUCAUGUUUAUUGGAUCUACGCAUAAUCUAA